AUGCUCGCGAGCCGCCAUGGAAAGCGGCGCCGUGGGCAUUUGCCGCCGGCCCUCGACCAAGCCAGCGCCGCGGUCAUCCUCGCAGACCUUGAGGCUGCCGCUGCCGCCGCCGCCAACGGCCGCUUCCUUGACGCGAAUGCUUUCCAGGCGACAGUCGCUGCAGCAGAUGACCUUGUCGGUUUUCUCGGCGAGGCGCGUUUGCUGCCAGACAGCAUCCUCGCAGAGUACUGCGAACGGUACAAUGCAGUGAAACUGGUCGGCAGGCGAGUCCGUGCCAAGCUGAGACGUCAAGGCGUUGGCCAGUCUGAUCAGAUUGUCAGUCUUCCAGACGACAUUGUGCGCCACAUCUUUGCUGCAUUGGCCAACCCGCUCGACCCUGCCCCCGCCGUUCACCUCGCAAGCACUUGCAAGUACCUCCGGGUUGCGUUGCGCACAGGCUCUGGCUGCGAGCUGCAGCGGCUGCAGUCGUUCACGCGGAGCACUGAUCUGCUGUGCGACGUGGUGAGCGUGGCUGGCGCGCAACCGGCAACACGAGCACAGCUGCAGUUGGCAACGACGCUCACGACGACCCGAAGCGCGACCGGCCGGACCUUUAAGGUUGGCGAUUGCUCGACUCUCGCGGCGCUGAUGGAGGGCGGCUGGCUGGACAGGCUCCAAGCGCUCCGCCUUGAGGUGCCAUACCUAGGAGUGGCGGGCUUUCGACCGAUCUUCGAGGCGCUGGCCGGUGGCGCGCUUCCGAAGCUGCGCCACCUCAACCUCUCCCACAACAUCCUUGACGAGGGGGGCGGCUGCAUUUGCUCGGCACUCUCACGCAUCAGGCUACCGGCGGGGUGCGGCUUGUCUCUCAGCAACAACCGCAUCACCAGCGACGGCGUGGUCGCUCUGGCCGGGGCGUUGGCUCGCGGCGCGUUUCCAUCGCUGGUAGCCCUGGACCUGUCCGACAACGACAUCGACGGCGCCGGCGUUGAGGCGAUCGCCGAGUGCGGCAGGAUGGGCCACCUCAGGUCGCUCCAGAGUCUGAACCUGGAUGGCAAUGACGGCACCACCGCCGCCAGCAUCGACGUGCUGGCCGCGGCGCUCCGCGCUUGGGGCACCUUCCCCGCGCUAAAGAGCAUCUACCUGCCUCACGAGGCCGCCGAUUUCGGGCCGGCGGGUGCCCGUCUUGUCGCGGUGUGCAAUCGCGAGCGAAACGUCGGGCUCUCCUGGAUUUGA